UGUGUAGACAAUUGAAUGAAAGCAUACAUAGAGUGAACACAAGUUGUGCUAAACGUCACCACAAAUAGUGUUUGACUUCAUAUUCAUUAUUAUUAGGCAUUUGUUGGCCAACUCUUGCAUUUCGGAGACACAAACUGACCACUCGGUGACCAAUUGGCUAUGGGUUUGACCAUUUCAAGUCUAUUCACGCGAAUGUUUGGUAAGAAACAGGUUCGCAUAUUGAUGGUCGGUCUGGACGCGGCCGGCAAGACAACCAUUCUUUAUAAGCUAAAACUCGGCGAAAUUGUGACCACUAUUCCCACUAUCGGCUUCAAUGUGGAGACCGUUGAAUACAAGAACAUAUCGUUUACGGUGUGGGACGUCGGCGGUCAGGACAAGAUUCGGCCGCUUUGGAGGCAUUACUUCCAGAACACACAGGGCUUGAUAUUUGUGGUCGACUCCAAUGAUAGAGAACGUGUCGGUGAGGCUCGAGAAGAGCUGAUGCGAAUGCUGGCAGAGGACGAGCUCAGGGAUGCCGUACUUUUGAUUUUCGCCAACAAACAGGAUUUACCGAAUGCGAUGAAUGCGGCGGAGAUCACCGAUAAGUUGGGUUUGCAUUCAUUGCGGAACCGCAAUUGGUAUAUUCAGGCCACGUGUGCCACUUCGGGUAAUGGUCUCUAUGAGGGUCUCGAUUGGCUCUCUAAUCAAUUGAAAAACCAAUAGGUCUAUAGGUCUUGUCAAACAUUUUAUAUAAUUACAAUUAUUUAUAUUUAAUUAUAUU